GGGGUGAGCCGAUUCUCCGCGCCCCAGGUCCCAAGUCCCGACCAUAGCAUCGAAUCCCCCUAUUUGUCCUUCAAAACCCUAGCUCCCCCGAUCGGAAUAACCUUCCGUCCGGCGUCGCGACGUGCUCGACACCUGUCCUCCCUCUCCUCGACCACGUCGAUCUCCCGAGGUAUCGCGACGGUCUGGUCCGGCGACGUUGGCGUGCGCAAGUUCUUCUCUCGUUUGGGUUGAUUUGGCUGCUCGGUUCUCUCCCUCUUUCCUUCCCGUAAACAAGUCCUCCUCAAGACGAAGGCCUCUGAAACCGUGAGAGAUGAAGGUGAAGGUCAUAUCUCGGUCCACAGACGAAUUCACUCGCGAAAGGAGCCAAGAUCUUCAGAAAGUUUUCCACAAUUAUGAUCCGAACCUCCGUACUCAAGAAAAAGCAGUUGAAUACACGAGGGCUCUCAAUGCUGCAAAACUGGACAAGAUAUUUGCAAGACCUUUUAUUGGAGCUAUGGAUGGGCACAUUGAUGCUGUCUCCUGUAUGGCAAAGAAUCCAAAUCAUCUGAAAGGGAUAUUUUCAGCUUCAAUGGACGGAGAUAUUCGUCUUUGGGACAUAGCAACCAGGAAAACAGUGCGACAAUUCCCUGGACACCAAGGUGCUGUACGAGGCUUAACAGCAUCUACAGAUGGUGAUGUUCUCAUAUCAUGUGGUACUGAUUGCACUGUGAGGCUCUGGAAAGUUCCUGUUUUAAAAAUGAUGGACUUUAGUGACUCAAUGGAAGAUGUCUCGAAGCCAUUGGCAGUUUAUGUAUGGAAGCACUCAUUCUGGGCUGUUGAUCACCAGUGGGAUGGUAACCUCUUUGCCACGGCUGGCGCACAGGUUGACAUAUGGGAUCAUGACAGGUCAGAGCCGGUUAAUACUUUUGAGUGGGGGAAGGAUACUGUUAUAUCUGUACGGUUCAAUCCUGGAGAACCAGAUGUGCUGGCAACAUCAGCUAGUGAUCGCAGCAUAACACUGUAUGAUCUACGCAUGUCAUCUCCAGCUAGGAAACUAAUCAUGAAGACAAAAACAAAUGCAAUAAGCUGGAAUCCUAUGGAGCCAAUGAACUUCACAGCCGCUAAUGAAGAUUGCAACUGCUACAGCUAUGAUGCUAGAAAAUUGGACGAAGCCAAGGUCGUUCAUAGAGAUCAUGUUUCUGCAGUGAUGGAUAUUGAUUACUCUCCAACAGGCCGGGAAUUUGUAACUGGCUCCUAUGAUAGAACAGUAAGAAUCUUCAAGUAUAAUGGAGGCCAUAGCAGGGAGAUAUACCAUACUAAGAGGAUGCAAAGGGUAUUUUGUGUAAAAUAUACCUGUGAUGGAUCUUAUGUUAUUUCUGGGAGUGAUGAUACCAACCUUCGGCUGUGGAAAGCCCAAGCUUCAGAACAGCUGGGAGUUCUUCUUCCAAGGGAACAGAAAAAGCAUGAAUAUCUUGAUGCUGUCAAGGAGCGGUAUAAGCACCUUCCUGAGGUGAAGCGCAUAGUUAGGCAUAGGCAUUUGCCGAAACCAAUAUACAAGGCAGCUGCUUUGAGACGGACAAUGAUGGAAGCAGAGAGAAAGAAGGAUGAGAGGAGGAGAGCUCACAGUGCGCCAGGAAGCAUGCCUGUACAACCCUUCAGGAAAAGAAGAAUCAUCAAAGAAGUUGAAUGAUCAGAUUGAGGGGAAACUGAUGGUUCCACUGAAUUACUGAUGCAAGUGGAUCUUAGCUUCUGCAGCUGUGGGUGAAUAAACCCCAAAGACACCCAAUUUUGUCCCGGUAGACCUAGUUGGUAGGAAUAUGGGCUCAUCUGCAUUCAUUGCAAUUUUGGCUGGUCAUCUUUAUCAGUCAAUUUGCACUUGUGACCAACGUAUGUGUGAGAAGUUAAAAAGAUGGGCAUCCUUGAUUGUGAUUGAUAGAUGAAUUUAGUAAACAAGCAUUUUAAUCAUUGCACAAAGCAUUGCAAUUUUUAUGUAUAAAAUUCAUUA